AUGCAUUCCCUGCCAUUUCUCCUCGGAUUGUUUGCGGCUUCCCUUCAACAAGUCUCCGCCCUAGGGAGCUCCUGCUCUGGCCCAUUGGGCAGCGGGAGUGCUGCUACUUCAGAUGCAUAUUGGAUGAAAACGAUUCAGAGGCAAGGGACAUCACCAUUCAAUCCUGGAGGCUCCUCGUACAAGGUCUUCCGAGACGUAACCCAAGCGCCAUAUAACGCAGUCGGAGACGGAGUUACUGAUGAUACGGAUGCCAUUAAUCGUGCGAUCUCGGACGGUGGACGCUGUGGAAACCUCACAUGCCAGAGCAGCUCAGUGGAACCCGCUUUAAUCUAUUUUCCGGGCCAGGGCCGCAAAUACUUGAUCACCAAACCUAUCAUUCCCUACUAUUACACCUCAUUAGUUGGAGACGCGAAAAACAAGCCACAUAUUGUUGCUCGAGGCGAUUUCGCCGGUAUUGGUCUUAUUGACGCAGACGUUUACUCCGGUGGUCAAGUCCCUGCAGGUGGAUGGAACUGCCCAAGCUCGGAUACUGAAUGGUAUUGCCCUGUCAACAACUUCUUUCGCUCUAUACGCAACUUUGUGAUCGACACACGAAACAUUCCCGCCUCGCAAUUCGGCACAGGCAUCCAUUGGCAGGUCGGCCAAGCGACUUCCCUCAUCGGAAUUGAUUUUCUGCUAUCGACUGCAUCGGGCAACCAACACCAAGCAGUCUUUAUGGAAAACGGCUCUGGGGGCUUUAUGGCAGAUCUCACCAUUAGUGGCGGGGCAUUUGGACUAUGGAUAUCCAAUCAACAAUUUACUAUUCACAAUGUAAAGAUAGAUAGUGCGGACACCGCAAUCUACCAGCAAUGGAACUGGCAAUUCACGUACAAGAACAUCGUCAUCACGAACUGCCGCAUUGGUUUCGGUCUCAACACCAAUGGUCAAACAGAGGCCACUCAGUCCGCAGGAUCAGUCACCAUUCUGGACAGUUCAAUCAGUGCAAAAACUGCUGCUGUUCAGACCAAUACCGACCAAUCGACGAAACUCGGAGGAGCCGUUUUCUUGCAGAAUGUCAAUCUGGCCGGUUCAGGUGCUGGUGUCAUUGAUGGAGCGGGCCAUACCUUCCUAGCCGGAGGUGGGACAGUGAAUCAAUUCGUUCUCGGAAACGAGUAUACUGGAAACUCGACCAAGCAUGCCUAUAACACGAAAGCAACACCUGGUCCCGAUUUACCCUCACAAUUACUCGAUUCGACCAGCAAUAACAAUGGAGUCUUUUUUCGAACACGACCUCAAUACAACAACUACGCCACCAGCCAAUUUGCAUCGGCAAAAUCCAAUGGCGUCAAAUGCGAUGGCACGACCGAUGAUACCAGCAAUCUUCAAGCGUUCAUUAACAAGUUCUGGGGGUGCAAAAUUUUGUACCUGGACGCCGGGGUGUGCAAAGUAUCAAAUACGAUCACCAUUCCAACCGGCUCUGUGGUCGUGGGGGAGUUUUGGACGACAAUCCUUGCUUCUGGUACCGCCUUCAAUGACCCAAGCAAUCCUAAACCCGUCUUGCAAGUCGGAAAUCCGGGAGACAAGGGCACAAUGGAAAUAUCCGAUAUCGUUGUGUCAACCGUUGGAGGGUCUGCGGGGGCUAUUGCGAUUGAAUGGUGA